CGAAAGAAUCGCCUCCGGCGGCGCGGAGUCACACCACGCGUCGCGGCCCGCCUCGGGUUCGCCGCGGUCGCUCACGCCUCAAACCUCGGGUUAACCCUCGCGGGAAGACACUCCGCGCGGUCCGCGGGGUGAUCGAGUCUCGAGUCGUCGCGUGGACGCCGCCGCGUCGCGGAUAAAUCGGCGCCUCGGAAGCCUCUCGGAAGGAGCCCCUCUCGGGUGAGCUUUUUUAUCCGUAGCGGGCGAGGGGCGCGCGCUUCCGGAGGGCGAACGCGCGCGUCGUCGCGCGCGAUCGAAUCGCGUCGCGCGCGCGCGCGUCGAGGAAAUCAUCAUGUCGCACGCCGCGGCGUGGCAGGCGCCGGGGGCGACGAUCGCGCGCGCGCAGACGCGCGUGAACGGCGGCGCGUCCUCGUCCGCUCGAGGGAAAGACCAUCUUGGGAGCGACGGUCGCGUCGCGCGCGCGGCGUCGCGUCAACGCGCGCCGCACCGACGCGUGCUCUUGAACCGCAUCGCCGCGCUCGGGGGAAAAUACGACUCGAACGACGCGAACGGCGCGGAGACGCCGCCGGGGCCGACGCCCGCGCCGGCGCCGCGCGCGGCGAUUCCCCCGCGCUCGCGCUCGCCCCUCCGACGGCCGCCGUCCGCGGGCGCGGAGGUGUACACCACAGAGAUCGAGACCGCGCGCGCGGCCGAUCUGGACGACAGCACGAUCGCGGAGGCGCGCGAGACGCUGCGAAUGGUCUCGCACGCGAACGCGGAGCGCGCGGCGUCCAGCGCGGGCGCGAUGACGAAGAGCGCGCCGCCGGGGAAGCGCGACCACCACCGCGCGAUGAUCGUCGAGGGCGUGCGUCAAGGAUGGCCGCUCGCGAAACUUCUCGAGUCCACGCCGCCGCUGCCGCAUUCGACGGACAUCAACCUGAGCAACUGCAAGGCGCACCUCGCGCUGUACGACGUCCUCCUCGACGCGGGUCGCCUGCACAACGCGCUCGAGCUCCUGCGCGCGAUGAAAGCCGCGGGACUGAACACCGUCGGCGGGAGGAUCUCGCAUAAAGCCUUCAUGCGCGAGGCGGCGAAAAAACGCGCCGUCGCCGUCGCGUUCGAUUUCGUCGCGUUCGUCGAUUACCCGGACGUGCGCCUGUACAACAUGCUCCUGUCCGUCUGCGCCGCCGCCGGGGACGCGAGGUCCGGGUUCGCGGCGUUCGUGCUGAUGUACGACGCGGGCGUGCGGCCGGAUUGCAAGGCGUACACGACGUUAAUCAGCGCGUGCGCCAAGGCUGGGGACGUCGAGAAGGCGUUCGAGACGUUCCGCCGGAUGAAGGAGGACGGCGUCGCGCCCACGGUCGUGACGUACGGCGCGCUCAUGGACGCGCUGUCGCGCAGGGUGAAGGAGCUCACGCACGGGCAGAGCUCCUCGAGCGGCGCGAACGCGGGCGCGGCGGCGACGACGACGGCCAAGGCGAAGCACUGCGACGUCGACAACACCAACGGGUGCGCCGACGACGUCGAGUCCCUGCUCGACCGGUGCUUCGAGCUGAAGGCGGACAUGCUGGACGACGGCAUCGUCCCGGACGCGUGCGUGUUGAACUCGCUUCUGAGCGCGUGCGGCAGGGCUGCGGUCGUGAAGCCGCUCGCGUCCGAGGCGCUGCGACGCGCGUUUGAAGUCUACGACGAGUUCGAAGCCUCCGCCGGCGUCUUACGCUGCGACGCGUACACGUACGCGUCGCUCAUCCAAGCGUGCGCGAACGCGGGCGAACCCGAGCGCGGGCUCGCGCUGUACGAGCGCAUGGCGGGCGAGAAGGUGCGCCGAACGAAGGAGGUGUACGCCGCGGCGAUUCACGCGUGCGCGGGAUCCCGACGCGCGGCUUCCGGCGGCCGCGCCGCGGAUCUGCGCCGAGCGCUGCGGGUCUGGGACGACAUGCGACGAAGCGCGGACCGGACCACCCCGGACGCUAUGCUGUACGCGACGCUCAUGGACGUCGCCGCGCGCGCGGGGGAGCGCGGCGUCGCCGCGGAGGUCAUGGACGAGAUGGAACGGGACGGCGUCGCGCCCACGACGGAGGUGUUCGCCACCAUGGCGGGCAUCGCCGCGCGGGAGGGUGACGUCGCCGGCGUCGAGAAGGUGCUCGACGAGAUGACCGAGCGCGGGUCGCCGCCGCCGAUCAGCGCGUUCAACGCGCUCAUUGCCGCCGCCGCGCGCAGGGGCGACGUCGCCGCGGCAACGGACGCGUGCGAGCGGCUCGCCGCCGCGGGGCUGUCGAAGGAUGUCAACACGCACGAAAAUUUGAUUCGCACGGCGGCGCACGCGCGCGACGCGUCGGCGGCGUGGGCCUUCUACGACGACGCGCUCGCCGCGGAGAUGGAACCCACGAGGCCGAUGUUCAACGCGCUCGUGUACGCCUCCGGUCGAGGCGGCGACUUGAAGCGGACGUUCGAGGCGGUCGACGCGAUGAAGGCGCGAGGCCACGUCCCGGAUGAGACGACGUGGCGGGAGCUCUUGUCGUCGUGCGCGCGCCACGGCGACGCCGCGUUGGCGUGGGAUACGUACAAGGCGUCCAGGAAAGCCGGCACGGAACCGAGCGAGGUGGCGCUCAACAUCAUCAUCGGCGUGACGCUCAUGAAGAUCCGCGAGCUCACGGACCCGACGAGGGGCGGCGGCGCGAAGGAGGGAGAUCGCGAGUGGAAAGAGUGGGCGGAUCGCGCCGUCGCGGUGUACCACGAAGCCACCGUCGCGGGCGUCCGACCGCGCCUCGCGACGUUCAGCGCGAUGCUCGCGUGCCUGCGCCCGCCGACCAUCCCAGCGCUUCAGGCGGUCGACCGCGACGCGGGCAGCGGCAGCGCGGCCGCCGCGCUCGCGCACGCCGUCUCUCACGAGGACACGUCGCACGAAGACGCGAGGAAAUAUUACCCGCUGCGCGCGUUGAUUCUGUACGAAGAAGCGCAGGCGCUCGGCGUCGUCCCGAAGUUUCACAUGGACCGCGACGAGACGUACGACAUACGCGAGUUCCCCCCCGCGGCCGCGGAGGUGGCGGUGCUCACGCUGCUGCGCGUGUUUCGACGCAACAGCGACGCCGCCGCGGGGGACGUGGACCUCCCAAACGUGACGCUUCGAGUGUUAUCCGACGAGGAGCACGAGGAGAUGAGCGCGUCGGGCGACCAGCACGACCAGCGGCUCGCGCGCACGGGCGACCGCGUCGUCGUGCUGCUGCGUCGGCUGCGGUUCAACUACGGCGGGUCGCUAUCGCGCGGGCGCGUCGAGCUGUCCGGGAACGUCAUCAAGCGUUGGCUCAAGGCGAAGCCGUCUCCGUCUCCGUCGUCGCACAGAGGGGAGGGGGCGCUGCCUGGGACGGAGCCGCGGCUGGCGUCGUCGCUGCAGGACCAGGCUCGGAACAUCCGCGCGAUGUCGUACGACGAGCGCGACGACCCCCGCGACGGCGGCGACGACCCGUACGGCGGCGGCGCGGCGUGGAACACGAACACCCUUGGUGGCGCGCCGGGCGGCGCUAAUAGACCGCGACUCGGCGGCGUCGCCGGCACCGGGCGAGGGUUGCGCCGCGGGUUGGGGCAGGGGAGCGACAUUGACUUUUUCGGCGCCGCGGAUGGGCGGUACGGCGGCGACGGCGACGGCGCGGCGCCGCGGUAUAAGUACAAGGGGCGGCGGUCGGGGGGAAGCGGGAGCGGGAACGCGUGGGGGUCCGCGGACGUGGACGACUGCAUGAUGAACGAGCUGAGCAGGAUCAUCCGCGAGGGCCCGGGGUCGGGGGAGUCGGAGUCGGACAGUUGGGAUGAUUUCGUCGGCGAGUCGGACUCGGACGACGCGGAGGACUACCCGGACGCGCAUUGACGACGCGACCAGACGCGCGUCUAGUUGUUUGUUUUAUUUUUGUGUUUGACGCCGAACGCGCUCGCCGGGAAGGCGGAGCGCG